GUGGCGCACUUUCGCGCGUUUGGAGCAGUUGGCGCGAGGAGAGUGAGCAGCGGUACUACAGACUGAUGCGCUGUUGUGGAAUUGAUUGUUUUAUUAUUCAGUCUUAAAUCAAAAAAACAUAAUUUGUGAAACAUGACUGUGGUAUUAUCAGAGGGAGCAAUAGAGUCCCUGACUAAAGGAGGUGACGUCAGCAGCCCUGUUCUUCAAGUGUUGAACAUCCGCAAGCUUGAUGGAGGUAAUGGCCUGUCCCGCUUCCGACUUAUGAUGAGUGAUGGGCUUCACACAAUGUCCUCAUUCAUGCUCUCCACACAGUUGAAUCCCAUGGCUGAGCAGAACCAGUUAACUCCAAACUGUGUGUGCUUGGUCAAACGGCACGUCACUAAUGUUCUCAAGGACGGGCGGCGUGUGGUGGUUAUUCUGGACAUGGAGGUGGUCAAGUCAGCUGACCAAAUGGAAGGAAAAUUAGGAGACCCAACUCCUUAUGUAGAGGGUCAAUCCAAAGCUCCACAAACUGUAGCUCCAGCUGUACGGCCAUUGCAGCCUCAGAAUGGAGGUGAUGGUUCAAUGCAUAGAGGACCUGCUCACAGCUUUGGCAAGAAGCCCAUGGCUGCCCCCAACACUCCAGGUGGCAGCUCCAAAGUAGUGCCCAUUGCCAGCCUCAACCCGUACCAGUCAAAAUGGACUAUUAGAGCUCGUGUCACCAACAAGAGCAGCAUCCGCACAUGGAGCAACUCUAGGGGAGAUGGCAAGCUCUUCUCUAUGGAGCUUGUUGAUGAGAGCGGAGAAAUAAGAGCAACUGGAUUUAAUCAGGAAGUGGAUAAAUUUUACUCCCUCAUUGAGCAGGGAAAAGUCUUCUACAUUUCCAAAGGCACCCUGAAGAUCGCCAACAAGCAGUUCUCAUCAUUGAAGAAUGACUAUGAGAUGACCCUCAACGGUGAGACGAGCAUCAUUCCUUGCGAAGACAGCACUGAUGUCCCCAUGCUGCAGUGUGAUUUCAUCUCCAUUGCUGACCUGGAGGCCCGGGAGAAAGACAGCGUCGUAGAUGUGAUCGGGGUGUGUAAAUCCGUGGAGGAUGUGGCGCGCAUCACGACCAAGAACAGUCGUGAGGUUUCCAAGAGGAACAUCCAGCUUAUGGACAUGAGUGGAAAAGUCAUCCAGUUAACCAUGUGGGGCAAUGAUGCAGAGACGUUUGAUGGCACUGGGCAGCCCAUCCUGGCCAUCAAAGGGGCAAGAUUGUCUGACUUCGGUGGACGUUCACUCUCCACUCAAUUCAGCAGCACAGUUAUGAUCAACCCUGAGAUUCCCGAGGCAUACAAACUGCGAGGCUGGUAUGAUAAGGAGGGACAUGCUAUGGAUGGUCAGUCUAUGACUGAGAUGAGAGGACCAGGCGGCGGUGGAAACACAAACUGGAAGACCCUGACGGAAGUCAAGAAUGAACAAUUGGGUCACGGAGAUAAGGCUGAUUAUUUCUCCUGUGUCGCCACUAUAGUCUACAUGCGUAAAGAGAACUGCUUGUAUCAGGCUUGCCCAAGUAAAGACUGCAACAAGAAAGUGGUUGACCAGCAGAAUGGGAUGUUCCGCUGUGAGAAAUGUGACAAAGAAUUUCCUGACUUCAAAUAUCGCCUCAUGCUCUCGGCCAACAUUGCUGAUUUUGGAGACAACCAAUGGGUGAUGUGUUUUCAAGACAGCGCCGAAACCAUUCUAGGCCAAAACUCGGCUUAUCUCGGCCAACUCAAGGAUUCUAAUGAGGCAGCGUUUGAUGAGGUCUUCCAGCAUGCAAACUUUAAUACCUUUCUCUUCCGGAACAGAGUAAAGCUGGAGACCUACAAUGAUGAAUCUCGCAUUAAAGUGACAGUGGUGGAGGCAAAGCCAGUGGACCACAGAGAAUACAGCAAGCGGUUGAUCAUCAACAUAAGGAAAGCGGCCACACAGUAAAAUAAACUGCUGCAGUCAUACUGAAGAAAAACUCGUAGUGUGGCACUUUUUGUUUCUUUCAGUUACAUGUACAUACUAAUUGUACUGCUUCCUUUAAAUUUAGUUUUUUAUGUGUAUUUUUCUUUAUAGUCUCUCUGGCUUUUUCUCAUUUGUGUUUUGACCAUUUAGUUCACAGAAGCUUGUUUUAAGAUUUCAGAAACACUGCAGGAUCAAUACAGCUCGUGCUGGUUUCCCUAGUGACCCAAAAUUGAAAUAUUGCUUUGAAAUUGCUGACACAUUUUGUGAUAGUGAAGAAGGAUUUUGCAGAGUUUAGAGAACUGCAUAUCACAGUUCAUUUUCUGUUGUUAGCUUGGCUUGAGAAAAAUACGGCCAGUGUCUCUGUAAGAACGCUCGGAUCAGACCUGCAGAACCUUGAUAAGCUCAUUCGCGCACUCUUGAGCUUGAACUUGGCACACACAACACACACACACUGUAUUUGUAUAUAUAUGUAGACUGUAUUUCGUUCCUAUUUCUGUUAUGCAAGUAAUAAAGCUGUUUGUGUACACAAA